GUGUGUGUGUGUGUGUGUGUGUGUGUAUCUGUGUAAUGAACAAAAUGUUACCCGAAGUAUCGUCAAUAUUGCUUUGAAUGAAACAUUUUCAUAUGAUAAUCCUUUUCGAUUCUUCAACCGAAUAUUGUUUAUCUACACUUGAUCAUUGAACACUGCAACUUGGAUAUUGUGGACAUUGAAACAAGAUAAAAUGGCCCAUAAUCACAGCACAUUUAUUGUGUGCACACCGCCAAUAACCUUGAUAUUGAUUGUUGUUGUAUGCUGCUGCUGCUGCUGUUUAUCACCGGUGGUCACAGUGGCCACCAGCAAAUGUUCUAAUGGUCACCAGAAUCAUUACCACCAUCAUCAGCAACCACGUUCGUUGUUGAAUGCCCCGAUUCCGUUUUAUUCUGCCGUACCGUCGAAAAGCAAUUCACAACAGAAACCAUUAACAGACUUGACCGAAUCAGCCAGCGAUUUCAACAGUAUCGUGGCUGCUGCCAUUGCGUCUGCCGUCGAUUCAUCAGGCCAUUUUGUUAAUGGAAACAGCAAACAGAGACAGUCUCAGCUGAAUCCACCACCAUCCACUACAUUGAGUAGCACGACGCCGACGACGACCAUAUCAUCUGUGUCGGCAACAUCUUCAACGGCAGCGCCGAUAUCGGUCGAUAAUCUAUUGAUGGAUGCUGGAAACUACACGAAUUUCGUGGACAAUGGCGAUUACGUGCCCUUUUAUUCCAAUUACUUUCUGUCACCAUCCACUGCUGCUGCUGCUGCUGCUGCUGGUUCAUUAUAUCCGGUGGAUUUGGGCACUCUGUUGCCGUCGACAAGUUACCAGCAAAAUCAUGUGAUUCGUAAUAGCAAUAGUAACAACAACAACAGCAACAAGAACAAGACGACCAUCGGACUGGGACGUCGAAUUGGUGAACUGGUUUCGACCAGUGCAGAAAAAGCGACUCGAGCAUUCAAAUCAUUUCCCAAACUGUUGAACGAUAUUAAACCGUCCAAGUUGUUGGGAUUGUCAUCAUCCUCAGUGGUCGAUACGAUCGAUCUGAUCACACCGAAGCACAACAUUUCCUCGAUACCGUUGCCCAGUUCUUGGUAUCUGCCUCAGAAUACCUGGUCAUCGUUUGCGCCACCUCCAUUGAGCUCGAGUCUGUUUCUGCAGCAGCCGGUAUUCAUGCGAACGCCAGAAUCGCAAACUACGAAUCAGAUUCUUCCGCCGUCGACAAUGAAAUUGGAUUUUCAAUCCAAUCGUGGGGCCAGUCAACAGAAUGUCUAUCCCAACGAUUUGUAUGCGUCAGCGCAGACUUUGUACGGCAAUCGAGUGAAGCCACCAAGAGAUCAACGAGAACAUCGAUACCAUGAUUUCGACAAUUCAGGCGAGGCUGUCGACGAUCCAGACCAUCAUCACCAGGACACCAAGAUGGCCAACGAUGGUCACAUGGAUGAUGGUGACGACAACCUCAACCACAACCACAUCAAUGGUGGUGACGGUGGCGGAGUUCAACACAAUGAUCAUCAUCUGGUGAAUGAUGUGGCGGCCGACAAUGGAUGGCAACAUCAUCAUUCCGGCGAAGACUAUGGUGAACAAUCAAACAUCAUCAACAACCACAACCACAACCACAACAAUCACAACAACAACAACAACAACUUUUACCAACAACCUCAUUUCAAUGGCAAUAAUAACCAGGGCUUGAGAGGAGUGGUCAAUCCGGUUAAUGGCUUUGCUGCGAGUAGUAUGCGUCGACCUCCGUUUCCUACAAAUUUUCGAUCGCCUGCUUCCACAUUGUCAUUAACGCGACCUCGGCCAUAUUCUGAUGCUGCAGAAGUGGACAACUGGUAUCCAGCAUUCUUUGGGCCGAGCGUCAAGCCGAUGAAUCCACGUCUGCGGAACGUCGUACCGUCGUAUCAUUAUUCUGCUGCCAAUUCGCUGUUGAACCCAACCACGGCCACGGAAUACAUGCCGUUUAUGCGUCCAACCGAAGCACCUGCACCAUUGGCCGACCAUUCACAGUUGUACGGUAACCGUCCAUCGUGGCCAUCGUUGUUGGGCGGUUAUUAUCCACACUCUAAUCAGCAGCUGCUGUACAACUAUCCUCGACCCAAUUCCAUGAUGGCAGCUGCCGGUAGCAUGAUGCGGCCAAUGUUUUUCCCGCCAAUCAAUCAAUAUUACCAUAUGCAACGAUAUCGAUCAUCAUUGCCAUACAUGUCGCCGUAUUUUCCCUCGACAGCGCCGAUUCACAGUCCGAUUGCGCCGUAUCGUGUAUCUGGUGGUCCAUACGGCCAUCAGUCGGCGGCAUUCAAUUCGUUGGUCACUGCAGCCAGUUCGCUUUACCCUGUGCGAGUUGCAUUUUCUCCAAUUGCAACAGCGCCAUUAUCGUAUCCAAUCCUGCCGACAACAGCAAUGACACAGAUUCCAAUGUUGAGACAUCGAAUCGGACCGUUGUCGCGUCGACCAGAAAAAGUGGUCAACAAACGAGUGGACAAUUCUGCUAAUUCUACUAAUUCUACCGUGGCAAUCAACAAGUACAGUGAACCAAUGUACGUGACGAAACUAAAUUCCACCAGUGUAGCCAUUGAACGUCCUGCUGCUGCUGCUGCUAAUCAAACUGCUGCUUACCAAACGCACAGAAUGAUGCGAUCAUAUCGCCACAGUGGUGGUGGUGUAUUUCCAAAGAGUGACCAGAUUAAUAAUGAAUGGAGACCAGUAUUCAAGACUUGAUGAAGAAUGACGACCUGCAUUUGCAUUUGCAUUUAAUAUUUAUUUUGUAAAAUAAUUUUUUCGGAAUAAUUUUUUUUGAAAAUUUCCCAUCAAUCCACCAGAAACAAACAUAAUGAGUUGCAUUAAAUUAUCAUUUUGUGUAUCGCCCUUCCCAUGAUUUGCUAUGAUUGCCCAUGAUUUUAUUUGAAUUUGAAUACCAGUAUUGCAUUCUGUUUACCAUUAUUAUUAAACAAACACAUUGCUUCUCUACCAAAUAAUAAUCGAUCAUGUACGUGACCAUUUGGUGAAUUGAGAACCAUUUUGUUGUCAUUCUCACUUUGUCAUCAUCAUAAU